CGGAUUAUUAAGUUAAUAUGGAUAAAAGUUACAAGAAAGAUUUUGAACUGAAUAUUUAUAAAGCUAAUAGAUAAUCUUUAUAAUUUCUUGAGUGAAAAACUGUGAUUUGUGGGUAAGUUAGGUCAACAAAAAGUAAAAAAAUGCUCAAAGAUAGGCUAAACUUAAAUAUGGAUAAUUUCUAUUCAACUGGAUAUUUUCUGACCAUUGAAGAACAAUCUAUACUUCAAUUAUCUCUUCCGAUAUUGCAACAAGAGAACAAAUUUACUUCAGUUGCUUUUCUUGGAAAGAUUUUUGGAAUAAAAAAUGAUUAUUACAUUGCUCAAGGCAGAGGUAAUGACUUCAUCCGGAACAAAAUGUCGUUUUAUAGUCUUGACGGCAACUCUUGGCGUGUGUUAUUUCCGCCGUCCAGAGAGAUUCUUUCAAAAUUUCAUCUUGUACGAAACCGGUUUAUAGGAGAUCCAUCUUGGAUUCACCGAUUCUAUGAUGUGACAGCUGAGGAGGAUUAUAUGAAGCCGGAUAGAAAGUCGGCCAUUAAAGAAGAGCACAGACUGAGUGCUUUGGUGAAACUGAUGGACUUCGAGACGGCGAUCGGCCCCAGGAAUGCCCUAAUGAUCAAUCCUCAGGGGAUCGUUAAGAAGAAUCCUUAUUUUGAAGGUUUAUCUAAGACUGACGCCAUAGAACUUAGCUCUUAUCUCCAUUUCCGUCUUCCUGACAGUGAUGUAAGCUUCGCUCCAACGAUACAAAUCUGUCCUUCGGGUGUGGAUAAAGCUCUGCAGUUCUUGGAACCUAUUAGCCACGAUUAUCCACCAGGCUGUUGGAUUCUACAAGGUGAUCCUCUCAUGGAAGUGAUUACUCUACGCAACCUAUGGUGGCCUGGAUAUACGUUCUAUCACAAGCCCGAAACCAAAGAAUAUAACGCUAUCUACAUAGGGUAUGGAGAGCGCAAUGAUGAUUUGCCUUUCAUGUUGUGAAGACUAAAGGAAUUUAUUAACCUGUUUAAACAGACACUUCGUGAUGUUUUUCUUCGAAUAAUGUAGUUUUUUCAAAUAGAUUUUGUAUAUUAUUUGGCAAUUUAGUUUCGUCAGUUUGAAAUUAAAACUUUAGCCUGAAAAAAA